GGGGCGGAGAGCUGCGCGGGCGCCCGGCGACCGGGAGAGAGAGGGCGGGCACCACGCACCGGACCGCGGGCCGGGAGCGCGCACGCCGCGCCCCGCCCCCGGCGCUGCCCCCGCUGCCGCCGCCACCGCCGCAGCCACCGCCGCCGCCGCCGCCGCCCGGGAGCUGCUGCCGCCACAGGUGCCAGCCGAUGGUGUCCAUUGUCAGUGCUAUCCGGCGCACACCAGGCUGAUCCAUGGUCACUUUCCGGGAUGGCAGCAAGGUGACUUCAGCUGAGGAUGACCCUGACUGAAAGGCUGCGUGAGAAGAUAUCUCAGGCCUUCUACAACCAUGGGCUGCUCUGCGCAUCCUACCCCAUCCCUAUCAUCCUCUUCACAGGGCUCUGCAUCGUAGCCUGCUGCUGCCCACUGCUGAAACUGCCCCUGCCAGGGACGGGACCGGUGGAGUUCACCACUCCCGUGAAGGACUACUCGCCCCCGCCUGUGGCCCUUGACCACAAACCAGGGGAGCCCAGUGAGCGGCCAGAGUGGUAUGUGGGCGCCCCCGUGGCUUACAUCCAGCAGAUAUUUGUGAAGUCCUCGGUGUCUCCCUGGCACAAGAGCCUCCUGGCCGUGGAUGUGUUUCGCUCCCCUCUGUCCCGCGCAUUCCAGCUGGUGGAAGAGAUCCGGAACCAUGUGCUGACAGACAGUUCCGGGACGAGGGGCCUGGAGGAGGUGUGCCUGCAGGUGACUGACCUGCUGCCAGGCCUCAGGAAGCUCCGGAACCUCCUUCCGGAGCAUGGAUGCCUGCUGCUGUCCCCUGGGAACUUCUGGCAGAAUGACCGGGAACGCUUCCAUGCUGAUCCUGACAUCAUUGGGACCAUCCACCAGCACGAGCCCAAAACCCUACAGACUUCAGCCACGAUCAAAGACUUGCUGUUCGGUGUUCCCGGGAAGUACAGCGGGGUGGGCCUCUACACCAGGAAGAGGAUGGUCUCGUACACCAUCACCCUGGUCUUCCAGCGCUACCAUGCCAAGUUCCUGGGCAGCCUGCGGGCCCGCCUGAUGCUGCUGCACCCCAGCCCCAACUGCAGCCUGCGGGCGGAGAGCCUGGUCCACGUGCACUUCAAGGAGGAGAUUGGCAUCGCCGAGCUCAUCCCCCUCGUGACCACCUACAUCAUCUUGUUCGCCUACAUCUACUUCUCCACACGCAAGAUCGACAUGGUCAAGUCCAAGUGGGGGCUGGCCCUGGCUGCCGUGGUCACAGUGCUCAGCUCGCUGCUUAUGUCCGUGGGGCUCUGCACACUCUUCGGCCUGACACCCACCCUCAAUGGCGGCGAGAUUUUCCCUUACCUUGUGGUGGUUAUUGGGUUAGAGAACGUGUUGGUGCUCACCAAGUCUGUGGUCUCGACCCCAGUGGACCUGGAGGUGAAGCUGCGCAUUGCCCAAGGCCUAAGCAGUGAGAGCUGGUCCAUCAUGAAGAACAUGGCCACGGAGCUGGGCAUCAUCCUCAUUGGCUACUUUACCCUGGUGCCCGCCAUCCAGGAGUUCUGUCUCUUCGCCGUUGUGGGCCUGGUGUCGGACUUCUUCCUUCAGAUGCUGUUUUUCACCACUGUCCUUUCCAUUGAUAUCCGCCGGAUGGAGCUAGCAGACCUGAACAAGCGGCUGCCCCCAGAGGCCUGCCUGCCCCCAGCAAAACCAGUGGGGCGGCCAGCACGCUUCGAGCGGCAGCUGGCUGUGCGGCCCUCCACACCCCACACCAUCACUCUGCAACCGUCCUCCUUCCGAAACCUGCGGCUCCCCAAGAGGCUGCGCGUCAUCUACUUCCUGGCCCGCACCCGCCUGGCGCAGCGCCUCAUCAUGGCUGGCACUGUCGUCUGGAUCGGCAUCCUGGUGUACACAGACCCAGCAGGGCUGCGCACGUACCUCGCUGCCCAGGUGACAGAGCAGAGCCCUCUGGGCGAUGGCGCCCUGACUCCCAUGCCUGUGCCUAGUGGCGUACUGCCCGCCAGCCACCCCGACCCUGCUUUCUCCAUCUUCCCACCUGAUGCCCCUAAGCUACCUGAGAACCAUACGUUGCCUGGAGAGCCUCCUGAGCCUGGGGGCCCAGCAGAGGGCGCCCCUGACAGCCCUGUCCCAGAAGUAACCUGGGGGCCUGAGGAUGAGGAACUUUGGAGGACCCUCUCCUUCCGCCACUGGCCUACGCUCUUCAGCUACUACAACAUCACACUGGCCAAGAGGUACAUCAGCCUGCUGCCUGUCAUCCCGGUCACCCUGCGCCUGAACCCCAGGGAGGCCCUGGAGGGGCGGCAUCCUCAGGACGGCCGCAGCGCCUGGCCCCCGCAGCGUCAGGGCCCGGGGGGGCUCUGGGAGGCCGGCCCCAGGGCACCGGGGGUGGUGCCUGCCCACGGCGACAUCACCCUGUACAAGGUGGCGGCGCUCGGCCUGGCGGCUGGCAUGGUGCUCGUGCUGCUGCUGCUCUGCCUCUACCGCGUGCUCUGCCCGCGCAACUACGGGCAGCCCGGCAGCGGGCCUGGGCGGCGGCGGCGCGGGGAGCUGCCCUGCGACGACUACGGCUACGCGCCGCCCGAGACGGAGAUCGUACCGCUGGUGCUGCGCGGGCACCUCAUGGACAUCGAGUGUCUGGCCAGCGACGGCAUGUUGCUGGUGAGCUGCUGCCUGGCGGGCCACGUGUGUGUGUGGGACGCGCAGACCGGGGACUGCCUCACGCGCAUCCCGCGACUGGGGCUGCGCCGCGACAGUGGUGUUGGCAGCGUGUUCGAGGCGCAGGAGAGCUGGGAACGGCUGUCGGACAGCGGGAAGGGGGGCCUGGAGGAGCCGGGGGACAGCCCUCCCCUGCGGCACCGGCCCCGGGGCCCCCAGCCGCCUGCCCUCUUCGGGGACCAGCCAGACCUCACCUGCCUGAUCGACACCAACUUCUCGGCCCAGCCGAGGCUCUCGGAAUCCACGCAGCCUGAGCCCCGGCACCGGGCGGGCUGCAGCCGUGCUCGCGAGGGCCCGGGCUACGACUUCAGCCGCCUGGUGCAGCGCGUGUACCAGGAGGACGGCCUGGCGCCCAGCCACACGCCAGCCCUGCGCCCGGCCUCCCCUGGGCCCGGGUCGCCCCCGACGCCUGAGGACGAGGGGGGCUGUCCUCCUGAGAAGGGCUCCCCUUCCCUGGCUUGGGCCCCCAGCGCAGACGGCUCCAUCUGGAGCCUGGAGCUGCAGGGCAGCCUUAUCGUGGUGGGGCGGAGCAGCGGCCGCCUGGAGGUGUGGGACGCCAUUGAGGGCACACUGCGCUGCAGCAGCGAGGAGGUGUCCUCGGGCAUCACAGCCCUCGUAUUCCUGGACAAGAGGGUUGUGGCUGCCCGGCUCAACGGUUCGCUGGAUUUCUUCUCCUUGGAGACCCACCCUGCCCUCAGCCCCCUGCAGUUCCGAGGGACUCCAGGGCGGAGCAGUUCCCCCGCAUCCCCUGUGUACAGCAGCAGUGACGCGGUAGCCUGUCGCCUCACCCACACCGUGCCCUGUGCACACCAGAAACCCAUUACAGCCCUGAAGGCCGCGGCCGGGCGACUCGUGACCGGGAGCCAGGACCACACGCUGAGAGUGUUCCGUCUGGAGGACUCGUGUUGCCUCUUCACCCUGCAGGGCCACUCGGGGGCCAUCACAGCGGUGUACGUUGACCAGACCAUGGUGCUGGCCAGUGGAGGACAAGAUGGGGCCAUCUGCCUGUGGGAUGUGCUGACGGGCAGCCGGGUUAGCCACAUGUUCGCUCACCGCGGGGAUGUCACCUCCCUUACCUGUACCACCUCCUGCGUCAUCAGUAGUGGCCUGGAUGACCUCAUCAGCAUCUGGGACCGGAGCACUGGCAUCAAGCUCUACUCCAUUCAGCAGGACCUGGGCUGUGGUGCAAGCUUGGGGGUCAUCUCCGACAACCUGCUGGUGACUGGCGGCCAGGGCUGUGUCUCCUUUUGGGACCUAAACUACGGGGAUCUGUUACAGACCGUCUACCUGGGGAAAAACAGUGAGGCCCAGCCCACUCGCCAGAUCCUGGUGCUGGACAAUGCCGCCAUUGUCUGCAACUUCGGCAGCGAGCUCAGCCUCGUGUACGUGCCCUCCGUGCUGGAGAAGCUGGACUGAGCAGGGGUGGGAGCUGACGGUGCACAGCUGAGUCUUCAGAAGCAGUCUCUGAACUGUCCUGUCCUGCCUCGUGACUGUAAUAAUAUUAAACUUUUUUUUUUUUUAAUCCCA